AGUUUGUCGGUCACCCUGCUGUGGAAGAGUUUGACUCACACAGAAUCAGUCACAGUUCUGUUUUCAUACCCUGAGGCCAGUUUAACACCAGGAGAUAAACCAACUGACAAGACGACAAACCUGAAGACAACUGCUCAGAGUUCAGGAUGGACAUAAAACAGUAUUGUGUGAAGCUGUCGGUCCAGCCGUCCAGAGGGCUCAUGGAUGAGGUUUUUAUCAUCCUGGUCCAGAACGUCUUUCCUGGUUUCCAGCUGACUAUCCACGCCCUCCACCAGUGUGAAGGCGGACACAGCUGGGAGGCGUUCGGUCACUACACAGCCAACGCCAUUGGGACCGUGAAUGUUUCAGAGGAUCUCAGCCUGGGCGGGACAUAUUCUGGGGUUGAACCCAUGGGUCUACUGUGGAGCCUCAGACCAGUUCCAGGCAGCAAACCUGGGCUCAGGCUGAGGAAGAUGAACGUCCAGACUCCCAUGGAGUUCACAAUCUCAGUGUACGAAGGUCACCAGACUGAAGGCUUUGCAGACCAGGUGCCGCUGGCCGGUGUGGUGGUGGAGCGUUGGUACAUGGCGCCCGGCAUCCGCAGGAUCCCCGUUACAGAGGAUGGACUCACUGCGACCCUCUUCCUUCCCCCAGGACCGGGACCUUUCCCCGGUCUCCUGGACCUCUGGGGGGGUGGAGGGAAGUUGGUGGAGUACCGGGCAGCGCUGCUGGCCUCCCACGGCAUCGCCUCUCUGGCCCUCGACUACCUGACACCUAAAGUCACCAUAGAAACUGGGAAGAUGGUGGGCAACGAGUACUUUGAGAAGGCCUAUAGAUUCCUGGAGCAGCAUCCUCAGAUCCUCAGCAGCAGGAUCGCCAUGUUGGGCCUUUCCCUCGGCAGCAGUAUCACCCUCAAAAUGGCUGCUUACUCCAAAGUAAUGAAGCUCAGGUGUGUGGUGUGCAUUGGUGGGAGUCAUGUGCAGCCGGUUGAAGGAUCUGUGAAAGAAAUGAUGGCUUUCUUUGAUGAAAACUCUGGGAAGACUCGCUUUGACAAGGAGAACAGCAUGAUCUGUCGAGAGCUGCUGCUGCCCAUCCCUACCGACACCUCAUUCAAAGUGGACGUGGGACGACUCCAGUGUCCUCUGCUGCUGGUUGUAGGUGAGGACGAUCAGAACUGGCCCGCCUAUGAGUCUGCAAUGGACAUGAAGGAGAUGAUGGAGCGGGCGGGGAACAGCCACCUGCUGACUAUCCUGUCGUACCCGAACGCUGGUCACCUCAUCGAACCUCCAUUCACGCCAUUUGUCCGAAUUGGCGCCUUCAGAUCAGCCAGCUCAAGUCAGAGGAUAUUAACUCUGUGGGGCGGAGAGAUGGCGGCACAUUCUCGUGCUCAGGAAGACGCCUGGAGGAAGAUGCUCGUCUUUCUGAGGGAGAAUCUGUACAGCGGCAAAAACUCCAGUGCAGCUUCAUCUUCCCACCUGUAACC